AUGAUUGUUAAUCAAAAAAUUGGGCUAGUUGGUCUUCUUGAGACAAGAGUUAAGGCCCGGAAUCUUGGGGCCUUAUAUGUUCGAAUGCUUUCGGGGUGGUGUUUUACUUCUAAUAGUGCGUGGCAUGAUGGAGGAAGAAUUAUAGUAAGCUGGAAUCCUCUAAGCUUUACUGUGAAUAUUUUGAAAUGCUCAAGUCAAUUGAUUCACCUCUUUGUUGAAUCUGUGGGUAACAAGGCAAGUUUCUAUGUUACAUUUUUAUAUGGUUUCAAUGAUGAGGAAGGUAGGAGAGGCCUUUGGAGAGAUCUUCAGGAGCUUUCUGUUAUGGAUUCUUGGAUUGUCCUGGGUGAUUUUAAUGACAUUCUCAGUAAAGAAGAGAGAAUUGGCAAUCGGGUAAGAUUCAAAUCUUCUUUGGAUUUUAUCAAUUGUGUUGGAGCUUGUCAACUUGAAGAUGUUAAGUAUAGUGGAAACUUCUUCACUUGGAGCAAUAAGCAGCAAGGAGAAGAGAGGAUAUACUCAAAGAUAGAUAGAGUUUUGGCAAAUCAGAAAUGGUUGGAUUCGUUUCCUAACGCUGAAGUAUUUUUUCAGAAUGAGGGACUUUUUGAUCACACGCCUGCCAUUCUUACUGUGUAUGAUGUGGUUUUGAGUGGGAAGAAACCUUUUAGAUAUUUUAGGAUGUGGUCUUCUCAUCCUAAAAGUUCUGAAAUGGUUACCAAAACAUGGCAGCAGCAGGUUAAAGGGACUAAAAUGUAUCAGCUAGUGACUAAUCUUAAGAGCCUCAAAUCGAUCUUUAAAGAAAUUAAUCAGCUAGGUUUUUCAGACUUGCAUUCUGCUGUAAUUAAAGCCAGAGAACACCUGGAUAUUUGUCAAGAUGCAAUGCACAGUGAUCCUAUGAACCAGGCAAUGCAGCAACAGGAGCUGGAAGCAAGGAAUUCCUAUGCUAAAGUUCAUAAUGCAUACCAUUCUUUCCUCCAACAAAAGGCUAAACUGGCUUGGGUUAAAGAUGGUGAUGAUAAUUCAGCAUUAUUCCAUAGAAGCAUUCGUGAAAGAAGGGCCCAAAACAGAGUGUUGUCUAUCACUAAUGCCAAUGGAAUUCGGGUAGAUGAUCCACAACAACUUACUGAUGCUUUCUUGGAGUUUUACAAGAGUCUACUGGGCUGUAAAUUAGAAAGAAGGAAGUCUGUUUUGGCUGUUGUUAUUAAUACUGGGCCAGUGGUUUCGAGUUAUCAAGCCGAUAUGCUCCUAGCUGAUUUUUCAUUUGAAGAAGUUAAGAAAGCCAUCUUUGACAUCCCUGGCCUCAAAGUCCCUGGUCUGGAUGGCUAUAGCAGCUAUUUCUUUUAG